CAUGGCUGGUAGGUUUCUCAUUGUUAUUGGCGUCUUCUUACUACUUCAUGCAGCGUUUUCGGCUACCCAACACCGUUCCUUUCUUAGACUGGCAGCUCGUCCUUUCACGACGUUGCCGUUAGAUAUUGUUCUUCAAUGCCUAAUUGCAUUCGUUAUUAGUUGCGUGGGCGUGGUCCGGUCCAAUAUUAAAUUUCAAGAAAUCAAAGUAACAACAGAAUACGUCACAAGGACGUUUGAUACAGUUGGCAACUGCAGUUCUUUCUAUACUUUCCGUCAUAGAGGAAGAGUCUUGUUUGGGACUGAACAGAAAGAUAGGACGUCUUUUAUUAAGAGUAAAAGGACAUUGUCGGUAGCAGCUGGCGAUGAGUGAACUGCACUUGAAGUAUACUUGAAAAUUUAGAUUAUGUUAAUUAAUCGGAUCAUUUAAUCGUGUUUGUUGGUUGUACAGGA